AUGGCAACGGGGCGUUUGGGCACGGUUGCAGCCACGCUAUUGGUGCCAACCCCUGGCGAACCCUCCGAUCUGCAUGCUCACUACAUCAUCAGACCGGGCGAGAUUGCAACCCGUCGCGGUCUCAGGAGCUUGAGGAGGAUGUCAAGAUGCGAUAUUUUUGGGCGAUGGGCCCUUGCUGGAGACGGAGAAUCGCUCUGGAAAGGGGAAGAAAGGACCAGCCAUCGGCAGUCCGUGAAUCAGCUCGGCUCUAUUUCGUACUACUGGUGGAUCAUGGGGGAGAUUUCGACAUCAGUGGAAUCCACCUGUGGAGUCUGUUCAGUUCGCUGCAAAGCUGGUUUGUACGGAAGACGCAUCCUACGCAACUCUCCUCCGUGCAUCGGAGGGGUUGCUUCGACCCGUUACGGUUACAUAAAUAAAGGCUGA